GACGUGUAAAUACAAAAACAUUCUUUCUACCUAGCAAUAUGGUUAACUUGAGUAAAAGGUAGUGGAAAAUUGUGUUCAUUGAAACAUACGAUAUAUUGCAUAUGCAUUUAAGCUAUUUUUUACAUAGGAAUUUUAAAAUACAAACGCCGAUAAUUAAAUAGGAAUUAAAAAAACACGGUAUGGGAAAAAGUACUGGAAAUAAACCGUGUUUGAUUUUUUUUCAAAAAAAUAAAUAAAAUUGAAGGACUGUAUUGAGGUACUUGAUUUUAUUUUAUACGGAAUAUAAUUCUAUAUUGUCAUACUGUAGUAAAGCAAAUGUGCCUUUAGUACAGUUACUAUGCGUUCGGUUUUUAACACAAUAUCGUAAUGUAUAGUUAAACGGAGAUCAUGUUCUUGUCUUUAGAAAAAAGGUAGAAUGUCGUUCAUGUAUGUCGAAGAUAGAUAUCUCAUUUUUGUAGGUCGGAGGUGCUUAGUUUAUUGUUUUUAAUGCAAGUAUGGCGUAUUGAUAUUUGCAUCGGUCUGUAAAAGUAAUCUUUAACAAUACAAUUCGAAAAUAUUGGAUAUUAAAUGCGUGUUGAACUUAUAUAUUUCAAAUAGUACACUUUUACAAGUAUGAAGACAACCGCAAGAAGGAUAGCAAGAUGUUUUCCUGUAUUCUUUACAAGCAAACGUAAACGUACUAGGCGAAUCGUUGCCCUGUUCUUUACUCUCUUAUUUCUCGGGAUAUAUUUUGUUCUGGCUCAGUUUGAACAAACAGGAUUAAUUGGAUUGAAAAUGUCAAACACACGGACGUUUGCAUCGGAGAAUUCUUUCAGCUGGGAUUCUGUUUUAGAUGCUUUAGAGCAUACGGAGGAAGGAGACUUUCUGCGUUAUGAUAAAGGAAAAACAAAGGGUAAGCAAACACAUGACAAACUUAAAGUGAUAGUUUUACUGCAUUCACACAAUGAUCCAGGAUAUAAGUAUACUUACGAUCAAUAUUAUUUCAAUAAAACUAAGCAUGUACUAUCUUUAGCCGUGGAGAAGCUUAUGAAAUACCAGGACAUGACCUUCAUCUGGACAGAUACCUGUUUCCUAGACAGAAUAUGGAAAGAGCUGAGUGAUGAAAUGAAAGCCAAUUUGAAGUAUCUUGUGAAAACGGGACGGUUUGAAAUAUCACUAGGAGCAUGGGUAUCUGCAGACGAAUGUGUGACCCAUUACUACUCUUAUAUAGACCAGUUAAUAGAAGGGUAUUCUUGGAUAAGGCAGCACUUUGACGUGUUCCCGAAUGUCUCUUUUAACAUGGACCAAUUUGGAACGUCCUCGUCUAUCCACUACAUCAGGAGAAAAGUUGGAAUAAGACACUCGGUGUAUAAUCAUAUACAUAAAGGAACAAAGGUGUUCUUUAGAAAAAACCGAUUGUUGGAAUUCAACCUGAAACAGUCCUUAAUAAACAACAUGGAUUCUUUUGUACAUGUUGAGCCUUUUGACGAUCUUGGUUUCAAAGGAAGUUGUGGUCCAUCUGCCAAAAUUUGCUCAAAACUUGCUUUAACAAAAACUACCCUGUCAUUUGAUAAGUCACUUCCACGAAAUGCCACAAGUAUGGAUUUUGCAGAACAGCUUGUAUCUCAAAUAAGAUUGAAGAGCGAAAUGUAUUUACAUAAUGUGCUUUUCCUUCCAGUUGGUGACGAUUUGGUGUAUAUUACUUCACAAGAAUGGGACAAUCAAUAUAAAAACUUGAAAAAACUAAUGCAAUAUAUUAAUGAUAAAAGUAAAUGGAAGAUAGAUAUUCAGUUUGGAACUCUUUCACAAUACUUUAGAGAAUUAGAGAAGGUUGCCUCAAAAAGUGUUAAACAAUUCCCUACAGUAAGUGGAGAUUUGUUUCCGUACACAAGAGGGCCUAAAUAUUGGAGUGGAUACUUCACAACCCGUCAAUUUGUAAAACGAUUAGGGCGUGAAUUGCAGGAGUCUGUAAGAGCUACCGAAAUGUUAAUAGCGUUCACAAUUCCAAACACUAUUGAAAGAAUUCAACCAAUAUCAAAUAAAGUUUAG